GAGCUGAGCCUCCCUGAAGUUCUGAUCCUACAAUCGUCCCUGACUGGAUAUUAAGUAAAUAUUUCCUCAUCAUGAUGAAGCUGAUCCUGUCUCUCACUCUCAUCUGGACUCUCUCCAGCACAGCCGAAGCUCUCAGUUGUUUGGUUGGUGAAGGUGAUAGCAAUAGUCCCCAAUCCUGUAACUUUGGUGAAGUUUGUGCAACCACUGCCACUCAAGUAAAUAAGUCAGAAACCAUCACAAAGAGAGAGUGUGUGUCGUCCUCCCUUUAUAGAGAGGGAACCCACGUAUUUUCAUUCAAUAUUGGUUUUGAUACUACGACUGUAUCUGUUCAUGUGUGCACCACAAAUGGCUGCAACAAUCAAGCAGUACCUGUCAACUUGAACAACCUGCAGUGUUUCACCUGUGAUGAUCCAUCUUCUGCUGAGUGUAACAGGACAGUACAGUGUGUGGGAGUGCAGGACCGCUGCAUUAGUGGGACAACAACAUCUGCAGGAAAAGAUGUUUUCUUUGGAUGUGUCUCCGAAAAACUCUGUGACCCUCAAUAUCACUUGGAGUUCCUCAUGAAAGUUAAAUUCCGUGCUCCACCAAAAUGUUAUCGAAGCAGCGUCAAUAACUCAGCCUGGUCUGUCAAACUGAAUGAGGUCACUUCGCUGUUGACCACAUUGUUUGGACUCAUUACCCUUAUCUUCUAUUAA